UAUUUUCCUCUGUACAUGACUUCGUCUAGCAAAUGUGAUGUGAUAAGUUUGAGAGUCAGAUUGUAUAUUGACUGUAUACAUAAGUAACUGAAUGAUUGUUUGUGUUAGUAAUGAAGUAGGCAUCGGUCUGGAUUGAAGGACCUCUCUUAUUUAUUAGUGUUCGGAGUAAAGUUGUCUUAGAUGAUUCUUCAAAAUACGGAUGUAAUUCGCGAGACCCAAGACCACAACAUGGCGAUGGCGGCCUCGACUUCCGGUCUGUUCAUGGGCUCGAGCUCCCCGACCGGCCACAGUGGCUCGCCGGUCGAGUUUAGCUACGGAAACGCGCAACCCAUGCCUUACAUCCACAGAAACUUUGAUAUGAAAUAUGAUGAUAUGGCAAAGUAUGACAUGAAAUACAUGCCUUCUCAACACCAGAAUGGUCAUGGACACUUGAACCACUACGCUCACAACCCCUGGUCCAUCCCCAGUGACGUAGGGUCCUGGUCAAACCCGGGAAUGACGUCACACCUGCAAACGCUCCACGCAGAUAUCCGCGACGUUAAGCCAGGUCUGCAAAACUCGGAUGUGGGGAACCCCGGGACAACGCUGCACCACCGGCCACCACAGCAUAUGCACUCGCCUCCGGGCUGGCACUCGCCGGUAACGCCAACCCACCUCAACCUAAACGGGAACGGCCACCAACUGCAACAUGGCUAUGGCAUCCACGGCAUGAAUGGCAUGCUGUCCCCGGCACACCAGAUACACCCGUCCCUCCGGGACCACGACCCCGCGGACUUGGAGGGUGGCCCACAUACUCCUUCAGAUGAAGACGCUCCCUCGUCCGACGAUUUAGAAGUGUUUGCGAAACAAUUCAAACAGCGGAGAAUAAAACUAGGAUUUACGCAGGCAGAUGUUGGUUUAGCGCUUGGGACGCUGUAUGGUAAUGUGUUUAGUCAGACAACUAUCUGUAGGUUUGAAGCAUUACAACUUAGUUUUAAGAAUAUGUGUAAAUUAAAGCCCUUACUUCAAAAAUGGUUGGAAGAGGCGGACAAUACAACUGGUUCAACAACCAGCAUAGACAAGAUUGCCGCUCAGGGUAGAAAGCGCAAAAAGCGAACAAGUAUUGAAGUGACGGUCAAAGGGGCUCUGGAGACCCAUUUCAUGAAACAGCCCAAGCCCCAGGCUCAGGAAAUCACGCAUUUGGCCGACCAACUACAGCUGGAGAAAGAAGUGGUCCGCGUUUGGUUCUGCAACAGACGUCAGAAGGAGAAGCGCAUGACGCCAGCAGCCCAGCUGGGGCCGAAUGGUGAGAUGAUGGGCCUCUCAGACAGCGAGCAGAACGACCAGUCGCCGCCUCAGCGACACGAGAUGAAAAUGAACAGUGUAAACAGUGACUCGUGUAGCCCGAUCCAUCCGAACGGCUCUGGUGACGUCGGCCACAUGGGUAUCGGGUCCAUGGGGAUGGGCAGCCUUUCAUCGCUCUCCUCACACAACCCUAUGCCGCCUUCUUCCGGUGGCGGACACAUCGUCUCUAUGGCGCACCUGCAGUCACCAGUUUCUCACCACCACUACCAGCAGCCGCCUGGACAUUGACGUCAUUACGUCAAUCCUGACGUUAACGUUUAGUCCGCGUUGUCAGGAUGACGGAUCAAUAUUCUGGGAACCCAGUGCCGGACGUCGUGAAACCUCAAACGGAAGUGUCGGCCGAUUUCAGGAGAAAGGAUAGUUACGUACAUGAUAAAGCGUUGCGUGAACGUCGACGUCACAAAGGUGGGGCGGGAUGUAGACUGUGUUCUGCUCUAAAAACCAGCGGUGUAAAAGUGGCUUUCUGAUGUUUCAGCAAAAAAUGAAGAAUUUUAAUAUGUUACUUGCAUGUUUACAUCUAUUUCAGUAGGUGGAUAAAUAGUAUGUAAACGUUGCGAAAUUCAGAAAGUUGAGUUUAAAUUUGAUUCAACAUUUAAACUAACAAAACAGGCAAAAAUACUUCAUAUAAUGUAUUACAGAAUAUGAUAUAAUUAAGUUACAGUUUUGCUUUCAGUGUUGUUAUUGUUAGACACUAUGCCGAUAUAGGGCGACAUUAGUUAACAAUUUCGUGUAGAUAAUAGCUAUAAUAAUUUCAGAUAUUUAUUUCUAUAUGUGUAGAAAUAUUCUUAGAACUGUGUUAAAAUACUUUUUUGAAAGAGAACGCAGGGUAAAUACUAUUUUAAUAAUAUUUAGAUUUUUAAUAUUUUUAUUUUAUGAGCAUAAAACUUCAAAUUGCUGUUAAUUUCUCGCCGCAAAGUAAUUCUUUUAGGAGCCAAAACAACACUUCUUCAUGUGUAUAAUAGCUUAAUAAGGCAGAGCCGAAUCCGAGCAGCUGGCGGGGUAAUUGGCCGCUUCUACUAAUUCAAUUUCUAUCAAUUUUAUUGCACAUCAGCUAAAAUCUGUCCAGUUUCGGACAAUGAGGGGCAAGAGGGACAGUAGCAAUAAUUUAAGGGGACAUUUAUUGGACUUCACGAUUGUUUUCCUCAACUCGUAAAUAUUAAAUCGUACCAACUGGUGUGCGAAUAAAAUAAUUUUUCAUGUAUAAUGUGGCGACAGGAGAUGAUGGUAGUUCAGUGGAAAAUCAUCGUUGUUAUUGCCGUAUGUCGCGGCCCCAUUAAUAACAUUACAGUACAUGUUUAAGCAUAAGGAAAAACCAGUAUUUAUUAGCACAUAAUGUUUAUGUGUGCUUUGUUAUUAACUAAUGUGCUUCAUUGCCCCAAUUGAGCCAGUGAUUUGUCACAAGAAGUGAACAUACUUAAGCAUAUUUAUUAAAAUUAAAUCAUAGCGUAUAAUGUUGGUGUAUAUGGUUGGGAUUUAGAUGGUCAUGUAACGUCUACUCCGUGUCUUGUGUACGCUGGUAUCACCUGUGCAACAUGAAUAGAAGAUAGUUUCAAGUUAAAAUUAAUUUUCGUAGAUCACAAUGGUUGUGUUUUGAAACUUAAGAGCCCGCAUUGUCGUGAAAGGCCACGACGCGAAGGUGAAUUACAGUGUCAAAUCUUCCCCAACCAAACACCGCCAUAACGGGGACAAAAUGUAUUUGUACAUACUCCAUCACAAAAUAAACUUACGACAAUAUUCUUUUUUAGGAAAUAUUUAAACGGGUUUUCCAUUUUCUAGCAUGGAAUAUAUAACCUAUUUAUGUCCAGCAUUUGUCGUAGGUCAUUAACUGCAUGUGUUUCUUAUUUAUUUGUACGCAGACAAAAUUUCAGUCACAAAUAAAUCUGUUUUAAUGUUUUAUUAGCGGUGAGAACUAAAAGUUUCAUUUUGCUUGCCUAUAUUAUCUCAAAACGAGCUCAUUUAGAUGUUUAAUGUAUGGUUUGACGACUUUUUACAAUAACAUCUAUCCAUGCGUCCGAAUUUUCAUUAACUCUUGACAACUGAUAAAUUUGAAAUAAAAUUACACGCUUUCUUUCAAAAUCAUAUCAGUAAGAUUGAUUUUCAUAAAUAGGAAACUUUUUUGUACGAGUAUUCGCACUCCGUUGAACAAAAUGUACCGACUUGAUCAAACGCUGAAAUCAAAUAUAUCACCUUUAAUUGAAGAUAUCACAUAUAUUUUUUAUUUCGAAAUUCUAAUUAAAUCAAUCAUUGUUUUGUUGAUUGGAUGGUUUACGUUUUCCUUUAACAGAACAUUUUAUUAAUAUUAUUAUUUUAAAUGACCACCGCCUGACCUUUGUUUUCUUGUGUGAUCAUGUUUUGUUAAUUUUUCUCCAUCAUAUCGAAGCAUGGUGUUCAAAUAAACCACAAUGGCUAUUAUAAAUGUCUUACUUCCUAAAUAAAAAAUGGUGAUAAUGUUUAAUAUUUAUAUUAUUGAUCUAACUUUAAUGUGCAAAAUCAUACUUAACUGGGCGGAUUAAAGGCUCUACUUAUUUAUUUUAUGUAUACAUUAUUUUGACAUUUUGAUAACGUUGGGCUAAGCUACUAGAAUGGCGACUCUGGCAAAAGUUUUAAGGAAUCAUUAUUUAAAGAAAUAUUCUACAUUUUUACGUUUUAUUUUGUAUGUUUAUCAUGUAGACUUUUAAACUAUGACAAAAUAAGUUUUUAUUCAAGUGUAGGUGUAUUGCUAGGCAAAAAUGGAUAUAGUUAUUAAAAUGAAAUGAAUCUUAUAAUGACGUUUAUACCUACAAUGAUUAAAUACUUCUUGGUAUUUCUUAGAAUAAGUUGAUAAAGUGAAAAUGAAUGCCCUUUUUACGAUCUUUAUGCGUUAUUUGAUAGCUUCCUCAUCUUGUUUAUGAUAUUUAUUUUGUCGUCUGAUAUAAUAAAACUUCAAUAUCUACAAAAAACAGCAAAGGAAGACCAGUUAUAAAAACAGUUUGAUACAUAUACAUGGAUACGCUUGGAUAUCAAUUUUUUAAAACACACACACGCACACACACACACACAUACACACACACACACACACACACAUAUAUUCCCAUAAAAGAUGGGAGCAUCCGAGUUUCUUAAUAAUAAUUGCUUUAAUAAAUAUUCCAAAAAACACUACUCAGAAUUUAAUUGCUUUUUUUUUUUUUUUUUAUUGGCAGGCAGUCUAACUUCUGUUAAUUUCUUGAAUCUAAGUGAUGAUUAUUUAUUUACUGUCAGGCGCACAUAAUAGUUUACUUGGAGAGCACAUGUUUCAAAAUAAAAUAAAGUCAUUAUUGUAUAUACAUUUCAGUCAUUUUUCAUGUAUACGAGAACGUGCCAUUUAUUAUUUCGUCCGUUGGGUGAUUCGGUCAAUUAUGUCUUUAUUUAAGAAGAUUUAUUUAUUUUGUUUGUCAUUAUUUUAUUUUGUUUACUUGAUUCUCAAUAUCAAUUUUCAAUAUGUACACUUGGUUAAACUUUAAAACAGCUCUAAAACACUUGUUGUUAAUGUAUUUAUGUGUUAAAGUAAAUAUUAAAAAUAUAUCGCAGUGGACAUUGAUUUUUAAAAAACAACAACAUGAGUAUGAUUUAUGGAUAUCGCGUUUAUUUCCUCUAAGAUAUUUCAUGUUUGUGUUUGUGGACAUUAUUUAUUCCGCAGCCUAUUGUCAUUAAUUUCAAUUGCUCAGCUCAUUUUAGUGCAUUUGAGGAUCAAGGGACACUAAAGCUAUGAUGAAUUGAUAUCUGUGUUUGUUUUCUAUUGUUAUGUCUUUGAUCGCCAUAACUAUUACGUGGAUAAAACAAAUAAAUUACAAAAAUCAG